CCAGCUCGGCGGCGGCGGCGAUGCGGAGCCGAGGCGAGAGGAGCCGCGAGUAGACCGAGCUGAGCCGCGCCCCCGCGUCAGGCCGGGCCACAGAUUCCUUUGACUCUUAGUUUGGCAAUCUGCAAAAUGCAUUAUCUUAUGCUGCUGUGGAAGUGAAAACAGUAUCCAGGAGAAGCUGGGAGAUAACAUAAAUCUUUGUGGACAACUUGGCUGCAAGCAGUUAAACUGAAAUAAACUUCUGCCUUCUGGCUGCAGUGCUGCUUUGAGGUUUCUGCGUGACACUCUGCAGACUAAAUCAUGCCAGCGUUAUCAACUGGAUCUGGAAGUGACACAGGUCUGUACGAGCUGCUGGCUGCAUUGCCAGCCCAGCUGCAGCCACAUGUGGACAGCCAGGAAGACCUGACCUUCCUCUGGGAUAUGUUUGGUGAAAAAAGCCUUCAUUCACUGGUGAAGAUUCAUGAAAAACUGCAUUAUUAUGAAAAACAGAACCCGAUGCCCAUUCUCCAUGGUGCAGCAGCCUUGGCAGAUGAUCUGGCUGAGGAGCUGCAGAGCAAACCACUGAGCAGUGAGAUCAGAGAGCUGUUGAAACUCCUUGCAAAACCCAAUCUCAAGGUGAGGAUGAGUUGCACCUGCAAAGUUUGUUCUGCAUGGGCUUUGCUGUCUGUACAUGAUACCGUUGCUCAGAAGAACUAUGAUCCUGUCUUGCCCCCCAUGCCUGAUGAUAUAGAUGAAGAAGAAGAUUCAGUUAAAAUAAUUAGGCUCGUCAAAAACCGGGAACCAUUGGGAGCUACUAUUAAAAGGGAUGAACAUACUGGUGCAAUUGUUGUGGCCAGGAUAAUGCGUGGAGGAGCUGCAGAUAGAAGUGGGCUUAUCCAUGUUGGUGAUGAACUGAGGGAAGUCAAUGGGAUUCCCGUAGAUGAUAAAAAACCUGAAGAAAUAAUACACAUUUUGGCGCAGUCUCAAGGAGCCAUUACAUUUAAAAUUAUACCUAGUGUGAAGGAAGAGAUGCCAGUGAAGGAAGGCAAGAUGUUUAUCAGAGCCUUAUUUGAUUAUGAUCCUAAUGAAGAUAAAGCAAUUCCUUGUAAAGAAGCUGGACUUGCUUUCAGAAAAGGAGAUAUUCUUCAGAUCAUGAGCCAGGAUGAUGCAACCUGGUGGCAAGCCAAACAUGAAGGUGAUGCCAAUCCCAGAGCAGGCUUGAUCCCUUCAAAGCAUUUCCAGGAGAGGAGAUUUGCAUUAAGAAGACCAGAAGUGCAGGUUCAGCCCCUGAAAAUUUCCAACAGAAAAUCAUAUGAGGAAGCGGUUGAGUGUGAGGAAAUUGAAGAAGAUGCUGAAUGUGCUGGUCACAACAGUGGAUCCUAUCUAGCUGGUUUUAGAAGAAGCUUUCGUCUUAGCAGAAAAGAUAAAAAAACAAACAAGUCCAUGUAUGAGUGCAAGAAGAGCGAUCAGUAUGAUACAGCAGAUAUACCAACCUAUGAAGAAGUCGCAAAAUAUAGACGACAACCUAGUGACAAAUAUAGGCUUGUUGUUUUGGUUGGUCCUGUAGGGGUUGGACUGAAUGAACUUAAACGGAAAUUGCUAAUCAGUGAUACCCAGCACUACGGGGUAACAGUGCCACACACUACCCGUCCAAGGAGAAGCCAAGAAAGUGAUGGUGUUGAAUACAUUUUCAUUUCCAAGCACUUGUUUGAGACAGACGUACAGAAUAACAAGUUUAUCGAGUAUGGCGAGUAUAAGAACAACUACUAUGGUACAAGUUUAGACUCUGUUCGAUCAGUUCUAGCUAAAAACAAAGUUUGUUUGUUGGAUGUGCAACCUCAUACAGUGAAACACUUGCGGACAUAUGAGUUUAAACCAUUUGUUAUAUUUAUUAAACCUCCAUCACUUGACCGUUUGAGAGAAACCAGAAAAAAUGCCAAGAUUAUUUCAAGUAAAGAUGAUAAGGGAACUGCAAAACCCUUUACAGAAGAAGAUUUUCACGAAAUGAUUAAAUCUGCCCAUGUGAUGGAGAGCCAGUAUGGUCACCUUUUUGACAAGGUGAUAGUCAACGAUGACCUCGCUACAGCUUACAGUGAGCUUAAAACAACUUUUGACAGGUUGGAGACCGAGACCUUCUGGGUUCCUGUCAGCUGGCUACACUCAUAGUAACGUUUUAAGUAGACAAAACCUCUGCUGUUGUAUCAGCAUCUAAACCUUGGGCAUGGAUAGGCUUUACCCGAUGGCCAUUUUCUUGGGAGGAGGGCUUUUAACUCUACUGAGCAGCAGGUAUACUCUUCAUGCACUUGAAACUGGUCUUGUUUUCUCACGUCUUCAAUUCUGCUGCCCACGGUUUGGGGGCAGAACAGUCAGAUUAAACCAGAGAUUUACUGUGCUCCAUAAAGUGAGCUAAUACUAGUACAGCAAAACUGCCAAACACCUCUUUAUCAUCAUCUGUGUGUUUCCAAGGUGAGUGUUUUUAACACAGAGUUUGCAGAAGAUACAAAUUGAUGUUGGAAAUCAGCAUUUCAGUGGUUUUAAACAUAACUGUUCCCAUAAAAGAGCACAUCAGCACUUGGAAGUUAUUGCCCUUUAAGUGCUUGAGAGAACUGAAACAGGCAAAAAUGACCAACAUUUUUAUGAGGAAGACACCACAGUUUUAAUUAUGUAUCAAUGUGUUUUUACAUUUUUGGAUGUGAACUUUGUCUUACAUGUACAGACUGACUUAAGUAUUCCUUUGCAAUUACAUAAUCAUGGAAAGAAAGAUGUAUUCAGUGGCUUAAUAGUGAAACACUCAGCUGUGAGCAUGCAUGGAUUGAAAAUACUUUCACGCGUGCUCUAUGGCAUAACAAAGGAAAGUCAUGGGAAUAAUUAUUUAAAUAGAAAAAAAUGUGAGUUAGUGUGUGUAUAACUUCAAAGUCUUUGGGAUUAAUCUUUUUUAAAAUCAGUGGCAAAGUGAUAUGAAUAGCAACAAAGUAGAGAAUAAUUUUUUCCCCUUUAAAUUGAUUUUAAAUAUUUUUGGCACACUUUAGAACAAUUUUCUCAUCAGAAAUUUUCAAACAGUGAGGAAAGCUUGGACAUCUGAGAAGCAGUUGAAAGAUUAAUUCUUUUUAUUGUUGAGUAUGUAGUGAUACUUUUUAGUAGUGUAAUGUGUAUUUUGUCUCCACUCAAAAAACAAAAAUGCUGUAGAGUUCACUGUAAAAAAACAUCCUUGUCACUGGUCAGAUAGUUGGAAACCCCAUUUUAAGAUUUGAUGUGUCAGUGUAUGCAAAUGUAUAUUAGAGGAUGUAUUUUUAAUAUAGAUAAUUUGGUAUUUUUCUUUACUUACUACUGAUAUGCAGGAAAUGAGUACAUAUGUAAAGACCAAGUAACACCUGUGUGUUGUGUUGUGAAUAUGUCUUGUAAGUACAGAAUGUGUAUAGGAGCUUGCUGACUUCAGAUCAUCCCAUCUGUGGCAUUCAAACAGGAAACCAUUAUUUCAUGUUAAUCUGUAAAGAGAAUAUAGCUCUCUUGUUUAAAGAAAAAAUAAUUUAGUGAAACUUUAUAUAUUUAUGAAAGGGUUGAAAAGGGAUGUUAAGUUUUUAAAUUUCUUGUCAAUGUGAUCAUUUAUUAAAGAGAUUACUAAGUCUGUAAUUUGAAACAGUCUCUGUAAAUGGAGCUCAACAUUCCAUGUAAAUAUUUUAUUUCAGUUCAUAUGCUGAAAAAGCCAUGAGGUUUUGCAGUUUUAUUCUAAAUAUGUAUUUAAUCUGUGGGCCAUUGCAUUUAGUUUAGAGUCUUAUAAAACAAAUGAAAUGCAAGAAACAACAGCAAAAUCCCUGGGAGUCUGGAAAUGUUUAUACAAGAGUUACAGAUGUACUGAAUCCCAGUGUGGAUACGUGCUCUGCUUGAACAGCUCUACUGUAACUUCUGUCAAAUUUCACCAUUUUUCUGGCGGACUUAAACUUGUUUGUAACAUAAAUAGGAAUUUGUUUAUUAAAUUAAUUGCAUAGAGAUUAUCUGAGUUGAGAAAACAUUUUCUCUUUUUUUUUUAAAUUACUGAAAAUCAAACUGUUUCUCAGGGGAUAUGGAAUUUAGCAGGCCAGUUUGCCUUUGCCUGCGAGAUGCCAAAUGCCUUCACCAUCUCUUGAAAUGGAGAGGACACACGGCAUCUCUCAGGAUCUGGCCAUUUCCAACAGGAGGGGCUUUAGUCCUCACUAAAACACUAUUAACAUUGCUUCUAACCUGGGCUGUCUUGGAACACUGGGCUACAGUCAUGCUUGCAUAAGGGACCUGCUUUUCUCUUUGUGAAGUAGACAGUAGAAUAAUCUGCAAAAUCCCUGGUACAGACCGUUCUGGUGGUCCUGCAGGCUGUUUUCCUGUCUUUUUGAAAUUAAUUUAAUUCCCAUUCCUGGGUCGGUGUGGUCUGGGAGGAUCUUGUGCACAGCUCUGCUGUCCUGGGCAGCAGUAAGCAGCGUGGUGCUCUGCUGCAUUCCCAGAGAAACUGACCCUCUGAUCCACGGCACAUCCUGGCAGGAGUAUCCCAGACCGAUGGCUGCCUGCCCCGUCUCUGAGCCAGGAGCUAAUUCCUGAAUAGUAACACCUGCAUAAGAAAGGGAAUCUCAAAAACAUAGAUCCAAACAACAGAGUAAAACGUGCACAGUCUUCGACGAGUCAGAAAUUAUUUUAAUUACAUUACUAAAUUGCUCUUUAAAAAUCAACAUUAUUACAUCAGUUAGCUUUAAAAGCUAAAAAUCAAAGCCCUCCAUGGGCAGGCAGAGAUGGCAGUAGUAGGCAGAAAAAAACGUCUUAGUCAAACAGUUUCAACGGGACAGGAGCUUGCUUAUCAGGGUGCAUGCUGAGCCUGUGUGCUGAACUGUUCUGGGAUACCAAGGGGAACAGGGGGGUGGAUUGCUCCUUUGACUCAUAAGAAUUUGGGAAGGAAGACAACUAAACAUGUUUCCAAUAUUCCACAUAUUCAAGUUGUGCUGUGUGGGUUUUUUAGACAAAUGUAUGUUUUGACAGUCAAGUCCAUAUGUUUUUAUUGUGUUCUAGCUGUUUGCUGUAAUCAAACAAAGGGUAGUAUUUUUUAAUAUUGUACCAAGCUCAAUACUUGAAUUCACCAUCAGGUCCUUGGUUGAUGUCUUACCUGAAAUCUGAUCAUACCUUCUUAUGCAACACAAUAAAUUAUUGAUAUACCACUGAA